UCCUCUUGAAAACACGCAACUCCUGUACGAUGGACCGAUAAUUAAAUGUUCCGGACAGGAAAUUAAGCUCGGGAGUUGUGCUUUUUGCUUCUCUUCGUUUAGCUGGACCUCAGGUUGGAGGCUGUAAGACCCAGUGGAAGGGUAGGGCUGGCCUCCAGGAGGAAGCUCUGACACCUGUUAUAGUAAAGGAGGAAAGCCUGGAAGUUUCACUGGACCGUGACUUUGAACACAGCUUCCCCCCGGGGGGGCAAACAAGGAGCAGCUGAAAACAUUGUGUCAGUUUCGCUGCGGAUUUCUGACCCUCGGAUACCGCGUGUAAUGUGGGAGUGCGUGUGAGAGAGAGAUGGGAGCAGGGGCUGGCCUGAGAUGGGAUUUGCGAUUCCCGGCUCUCGGGUGAUCCAGUCGAAAGUGAAGCGGGUUUCUCCCUCAAGCGACACCAAAGGAUCUGGGCAGGAGCAGCGAGAUGCAGCCUGACCUGCCGCUAUUCCUGCUGCUGGCUGGAGCCCUCAGCGCGGUCACCUCCGAUGUACCUUCACUGGAAGCUCAAUGUUCCCAUGAGGCCUUUUCGUGUGAAGCCAAGUACUGUGGCUGUGAAGAAAUUAGUGAAGGUAUGCCUGUGAACAGACUCCUACUGAAUAACUUAACAACCUCCACCACACUCUACUGCAAAGAGAAAUGUAGCCCAUGUAUACGUGUCCAGCUGACUCUGUCACUGGCAGGGGAAAGUAAAUGGAAUCGGUGUGGAAGUGGAAGCAUGUCCAGUAAAAACAAUGACUCUGAAGCAGAUGAAGAAAGUGAGGACGAAGAAUAUAAUGAAGGUUUUGAGUUGAUAUAUCUUUCUUCAUAUCAGCAAAUAGGGGGGAUAAACAGAUGUGCAGUGCUGAAAGUUCAAUUCCAUCCUACUGAUCGUGAAUUCAAAAUAUCAUCAGGAUCUACACCAAUGGGUACCGUGGAGUUGAGAUGCUUUCAGGCAUACAUGAGCAGUCAUGUUUUAAUUAAAGCCUUCCCAAAACAUGAAAACCAAAAGGAUUUGCAACAGACACAUAAAGUCGAAGAUUGUACCUUGAAAGAUUUUCUGGAGAACAUAACAUGGUGCAAGGUUCCAAAUAUAAAUACCACACUUGACAACAAGACACAACAGGCUGUGAUCAACAUACCUGAGAAUUCCCACAUGUUGUUCAAGUAUAAUGUGACACCACUGUUUGUAAGCACCAACUCACCAUUUGCUGACAAAUUGGAAGGGACCGAAGUACACCUUAACUUCUCAGACAUCGUCCCUUGUUUGUGCGUGCAGGCAUGGUCAGCAACAAUCGAAGAUGCCAGGCGGGCUGAAGAAUGUCCCUUUUCUAAGUAUAAGCAAUUUCAAGAAAACGUAUGGCAGCUGAGCAGCCUGGCAGUGGAAUACAAGGGGAAAGCACUUCAGUGGACAUUCUCGUCACCAUGCAACACUGUGGGGCAGAUCUCCCUAUGUUCAAAAACAGGAGAUACAGAUGCACUAUGUCAUGAGAUCCCUCACUCCAGGCAGACAAUUCAAAUUAAUAAACUGAAUGAGUUCAAAAGUGUGGAUCCACACCCCUCCCUCUGCAUAAAGAUUAUCUCUGGGGAUCAUGUAAAUUUUAGUUGCCCUUUUGAUUCUGAUCAUUCAUUCCUGUGGAAAGUAGAGUCUAAAGUGAAGCACAAGAACAUCACCUUGACUAUACAUCAUAGAAUAAACAAAAUGAACUUCUCGAUCUGCACAGUGAAAGGAAACAAGUGUGAUCAUUUCCCGCAGAACAUAAAAGUUAUUAACGAGCAAAUGAAGCAACUGAAUCUUGUUUCACAGGACUGCUUUCAGGUCUGGCGAUCAGAUGUGCAGUUCUCACCCAGAAUCACCAUUUGUCCCUUUGAUAUAUAUGCCAGAGCUCGAUGGACUCCAUUGCUGGUAUCAUUUCUAGUACUUUUUACAAUUGUGAUUUUCAUGAUUACCAUCAAGACCCAGAUACUGAAAGGUUGCAUAAAGGUGAUCAAAUUUAAACCCACUGCAACAGUUGCAGAUUCUUCAACUAAUAGGAAGGUUCUUCUUCUAUAUUCGCUGGAUUACAAUCUGUUUGAAAAGUUGGUUAACACUCUUGCAUCAGUCUUGUGUGAACUUAAAUUUCAAGUAGCUGUGGAUCUAUGGAAACGUAGAGAACUGGCUGACCAAGGUCCCCUGCCAUGGUUCCAUUCCCAGAAAAAUAAAGUUACAGAAGAAGGUGGGAAAAUCCUCAUUCUCUUCUCCAAGGGUGCCAGUAUGAAAUGUAAUGAAUGGUUCCAGUCCUCUGAAGGCGUCAAAACCAUGCAUGACCCAUACGAUGGAUUUAUGGCUUCCUUGAACUGUGUUCUCCCUGAUAUCAUAAAAGGAAAUGUUUUUGAGAGGUACAUUGUUGCAUACUUUGAAGAUUUGCAGAAGAAGGAAGAUAUACCAGAUAUAUUUAACAUAAUGCCAAUCUACGGUUUACCAUCACAACUUCCUGAGUUCCUUCAGGAGAUUGGGGUACAGGCCGACGUUAAAUCUGUGCAGAAACCCACCAUCUGUCAGUCAACAAUUAGGAACCGUCUGGACAGUGCGAUUAAGGAGUGCCAGCUAUGGGAACAAACUCACAUGCCCUGGUGCCAGGACCAUUGCAAGUUAGAGUUGACUUCUGAAGGACAGCAAGAAAAUGAUGCAGUGACACACUAUCCAUUGAUUCAAAUGGAGAUGCUUUCAAUGAUCUGAAGAUUCUGUAAUGACAAAACCUAAUGCACUCUGAGCCGGAGCCUUGUCCUCUGCUGCUUUGCUUAAAGUCAAGGUCAAUGCACAACUGUGAACAAUUGUAACAGAGGGAACUGUAUGGCAUCUCCAACUAAAAACUGCUGAUGAUCUUUUGAAAUGGAUGAUUUUCAUACAUUUGGAACAACUGAUCAAAUAUAUUUUUAAAAUAUUUGAUAACACCUGAUUCCUACUCUCUAGGAAUUUUGCUUUAUUUCAAAAAUGAUAAAAAGCUGUGACAAACCUAAUGGGCUAAAGGGAAAAAAUUCACUUGGUGCAGUAAUGAAAAUUUUAAGAAAUGGGUAAUAUUUUACUAUUUUAAUGAAGGAACCAAACAAGUGAAUGUAUUCUUAACAAACGAAGAUGGACUCUCAGUUUGGCACUUUUUUUUUAGGUUUUGGAUGCAUUAAAUACAAAGGAUAAUUAAAGCCCAGAAAAUUGCACAGAUCUAUGGCUGGAAAAAUAGGCAUGGCUGGAAAAGACUUCAGGAAGAACUUAUCCAGUACCAAACAUAAUCCAGUCUGAGUGAACAGGCCUUUCGAUUCUAACUCUGGAGACUGGGAAACAAUCUUAGACACUGAGUUAUUUUAUAACUAUAGUAUUUUGUAUGUGUAUAUAUGUGCAUCAAUGUAAAUACCUUAAAUAUUGUGUAUACAGUAUGACUCUUUUUUGAUAUCUCUUGUUUGCUUCCACUUGAAACCAGUCAUUGAAACAGAAAAUGUUAAGAACAGGAAAAAUAUUCUUCAUCGAAGAAGGUUGUCCUUUUGAUGAAUCUUAAUUUCACCUUUUUAACAGGUCUCUGGAAUCGGUCUUUCUUCAGUAACCCGUUUAUUUGUCUUUUUAUCCCAUCUAAACUAGUGGGGUCUAUUGAAGUGUACAGCCUGAAACAAAAACAGAAAUCGCCAGAGAAAUUCAGCAGGCCUGGCAGCAUCUGGGGGGAGAAAGCAGAGUUAACGUUUCUUGAUCAGAAUACAGUCUGUUCUUCAAAAAUACUUAUUUGGUUAUUCAUUAUGUUGCAAUUUUUUUCAUUACUAUAGUCUGCUGGUUCUCCCACCCUUCUCCCGUAUUAUCAUCUUGCAAAUUACUUUUACCUAUUAUUUUUCCAUGGUCCAUAUCUAUAGACCAUACAGUCAGCAUCCAAUGACACCAACAGUUUAUUUGUGUUCACCAGUUUAAUUAUAUUGAAGUAAACUGCUGCACUUGACUCUCAGUUGCAUAAUGUAUUCCUCAUGCAGGAUUCAGAUGAUGUGCUGCACUGGAAGUGGAGAUAGAUGAGGAGUAUUAGAUAGGAGGCAGUAUGCAGAUAUUCAUUUAUAUUGGCAGUUCAUUCAACAUUCUGGAAACCUGGAAGGCAUAAAAAAGUAAAUUUCUGUACUGAUAUUCCAUUUGCUUAAGUGGGCUAUCCCUUUGUCAAGUGUGUUUAUUUCAGAGUUUAACCAUAUAUGUUUCACUGAUCUGUUAACUUAUUCCAUAUCUAUUUAUUUCUGGAUUAUUCCCUGUAUAUAUAAAGAGUGUUCCUUGUUUGGUCUAAUAAAAGUUUUAAAUGUAUUAAGUGAGAAGCUAAAUUAGAUUUGGUAUAUAUUCUUCUGACUCCACGUUAUUUGAAUCCUGUAGGGUAGGAAUACCAAUAACUUGCAUUUAUAUAGCACCUUUAACAUAGUAAAAUGUACUUCAUUGGCAUUAUAGAGAAAUUGAAAUCAUGGUUUUUGUAAUUAAAUCUGAAGCUGCUCAAAGACCCAUGGCUCUUAAGUAUUUUUCCAGUCUUAAAUAUGAAGCAGCUAUUCACAUUGUAAUAAUCUCAGAAUUUUGUCAGUUGCAUUAUCAUGUUGUAUAGAUAAAGCAGAAUUAAUAUAUGCAUCUAAUUGUGUGGAUAAACAAUGGCCACUUUCAUACUCGUACAGGAAGAGUGAACACAUUCAUUGGUCGUUAUAGCAAAGCUGAAUACUGUCUCUACUCAAUGCCCACAGCUGUAGAUUUUGCAUUACUGACCCAUGCUAAGGAUUGAGAAUCUUGUCUGUUGUUUUAAUGGGGGGUGUGCAAGACCGGAAGGAGCAAUAAUUCAAGUUUAAAAGCAGUACCUCAUUAAAGAAAAGCUAACAGAUACUGUUAUGAUCCUAGCUGAUGUUAUUAAAGGACAAGUCAAAUCCCAGACAGGAACCUGGCUUAAUAGAUCAUAAUUUGAUUUGUUUUGGUUUUAAUAAAAAGGUGCCUUGCUGAAAUAUAA